GCGAACUUUUCGUUUUUAUAUAUGAAAAAAGAUUGUUUCGACAAAAAAAACAUACCAGGUCAAGCCAUUGUAAUCAAAAUGUAUCGAUUCGAAAUUCUCGACACUUUGAUGGAAUUCAAAUUAACCCUCGAUACGUACUUUGUCUCAUUAAUCGUAAUCGGUUUAUUAUUGUCUAUCAUGUCGUUGAUAUUAUCCAUCCUAGUGAACGAACGAUGUUCAACCAAUUUAUGGAAUAAAGUGUGUCUAAAACAAAACAAUAAUGAUAAUAAAACAUUAAACUCUUAUCGACAUAUUUACGUAAUCCAUGUGGUAUAUUUUCAUCGGAAAAGCAGCAUUGAUUUUAAAAAAACAAAAGUCAUGAUCACUUUUUUUGUUGGCACCACAGAAAAAAUAUCCAUUCAAAUUACACCGAAAUUUUUUCGUCCAAAUAUGUACAACGAAACAAGCAAAGAUUAUUGUGUCAUGAAAUUCUUGUUGUUUCGGAACUCGGAAAUCAAAUCGGUGAAAAACAUAGCUAUAACUCAUGAUGAUCAUAAAGAUGGUGCCGAAUUCUAUGUAUCAAUGAUUAGCAUACAGAAUACUAAACAGGAAAAUGGUUUCAUUUGUUGUAUUGAACAACGAAUCAAAUCGAUGCCGAAAGAAAAAUGUGAACAAAGUCCAUUUCCAGCCAGUCCACAAUCUAAUAUGCGAUUAGAAGGUGGAUUUGCUACACCGAAUUGCAUACGAUUUCUUGAUCUUGUUCCACCAAUGUAUUUGUCAUUCAAUUUAUUAUUUCGUGAAUGUAUUGAUACGAACAACGAUGAAAACAAUUAUGUCAUCGGCAUCUAUGCAGCAAUCAGAUGGUUUUUUGUUGUGUUCGGUUCUACCGGUGUUAUUUAUGGCAUUUUUUAUCAGAUUUUAGCCGGAAAACCAAUACGUAAAUUCAUCUAUGUAAUGAUUACAUUUUUAAUAUUGUGCAUCAUCAUAGCGAUCUGUGUGGCAAUCAAAAGUGUUCAAGACUUUCAAAAGCAUGAUCAUCUGGCGAAUGAAAUAAGAAAAACAUUUCAUAUUGGAUCGGCCAUCAUAGCGUUUUAUGGUAUUCCAAUGAUAAUGAUAUACAUAAAGAUUACAAAAAUAUUAUUCGGAAAUCAAUAA